ACGCGUCAUCCGAUCGAAGCAAUUCCGAUAGAUAAUGAGAUCGAGCCCAAGGACGAGCGCGUUCUUCCGUAUUACUGUAAUGCGGAUGCAGCGUUCGUCGAAUUAUCACGCAGUGAUUUUCAUUAUUUGCGUUUUUCUUCUUUUUGUCUCUUUUUGCGUCCUGUAGAAGCGUAUUCUUUGUCUGAUGAUUGAUUAUGAUAUAGUUAGUGGCCGUUUUAUAAAGUAGCUUUUUACCGAGUUUAGUUUCUUAUUUAGUUAUUAUUUUAGAUUGAUUAAUUGAUGUUAGAAAUUAUUAUACAGCAUUUUUUCUGAAAUUUAUCUGCGUUCUCUUCUAAAAUCAAGCAUUGACGCAUUGGAUUUUACAAUUCUAUAAUACAUUGCUUUUGACAUGAUAAUCAUACUGGAUUUAUUUUAUAAAUUAUUUUGCCACUUGAUCACUCUUAAUCAUUUUUAGUAUCGAGUCUUUGCUAAUUAACAUCUCAGCAAGAUCAAUAACAUUUCAGAAGCCUCAGUAGUUCUCGAUUUAUAAAUCAAAGUAAAAAGAUCCAAAUUAAACGGUAUACAAAUUGAAAUAUCAAAAUGUGCGUCAUCGAAAUUUGAUUCCAUCACGAUUGGUCUUGAUAAUAGACUACCCUUCGUAGAAAGGAAAUGCAAACAUAAUGCACCACUUUCUCAAUACUUUCUGCGACUAUAUAUCCACCGAAAGAAACCUAAAGAGCGGAAGCGAACACUUGUCGAGACAAAUCGAUCAUUCAUCACCUAGACGUCCGAGCAAUGAUCCAAAUCGAUUUUGAGAAUCCCCAAUCCGAUUAUCAUCACUUGGAGGAAACCCAAACGGAAUUGUUCACGCGUUCCUUGUUUGCAGGAAGCUCUUCACUUAUUGUUAGAUUGCCCCCAGCUUUUUCGAAUCUCAGCAUCUCCGACGCGGAUUCGCACUCUCUCCCACUAUCGAUAUAUUUGCCGGUCAGUUACGUUACCGUGCGUUCGCGUACCACCAUUUAAAUAGUCGAGAUCGGAACGCAACACGCGCUCGCGACAGCAGCGAGUCCUCCGUCGUGCGUCCCGUAUGAGUCGCGCACGAUCGACCGGCCGCGUCGAUCGCCGGCACUUUUCACACAAUUCCUGCGUCGGAGAACAGAACGAAGGAGGCUGCUCCCUUGCACACUCGGAAUACACGUACCCGAAGAAUGUCGUCGACGGUGGUGAAGACUCCCGUGAAGCGUCGCAGAGGCAGAGGCGGUAGAGACGACGAACGAGAAACCUGGUCAGGGAAGCUUGAUUUUCUGCUAUCGGUCAUCGGUUUUGCCGUCGAUCUCGCUAAUGUGUGGCGAUUCCCGUAUCUUUGCUACAAAAACGGUGGUGGGGCGUUUCUGGUUCCCUACUGCAUCAUGUUGGUGAUCGGCGGUAUACCUCUGUUCUAUAUGGAGCUCGCACUCGGUCAGUUCAACAAAAGGGGUGCUAUCACAUGCUGGGGCCGACUGGUACCACUUCUGAAAGGCAUCGGAUAUGCGGUUGUUCUGAUCGCAUUCUACGUUGAUUUCUACUAUAAUGUCAUCAUCGCCUGGUCGCUCCGCUAUUUCUUCGCUUCGUUUUCCACCAUGUUGCCGUGGACCACCUGCGAUAAUGCUUGGAACACACCGUUGUGCCGCGAGUUUGACGCGAACGUUUCGUACGCAUUUGAGGAUACGGUAGCCAACGAGAUGAACGAGAAUUUCGGCAAUAUCACUCGGUUUCUUGAUCAAGGAUCAAAUGUGGCUCAGAAUAUUGCGGACAACCAUACAUUGUACACGAGCGCUGCGCACGAAUACUUUAACCGCGCUAUCCUGGAGUUGCACGAAAGUAAGGGCUUACACGAUCUUGGUGCCAUUAAGUGGGACAUCGCUCUAUGCUUACUCGUGGUCUAUCUGGUCUGCUAUUUUUCUCUGUGGAAGGGCAUCUCGACUUCCGGCAAGGUGGUAUGGUUCACUGCUCUCUUCCCUUAUGCAGUCUUACUGAUUUUGCUAAUAAGGGGCAUCACUUUGCCGGGCAGCACCGAAGGAAUCCGUUAUUAUCUCAGUCCAAAUUUCACCGUUAUCACGAAGGCAGAGGUGUGGGUGGAUGCGGCGACGCAGGUGUUCUUCUCUCUGGGACCGGGAUUCGGAGUGCUAUUGGCAUAUGCGAGUUACAACAAGUAUCACAAUAACGUAUACAAAGACGCUCUAUUGACGAGCGUAAUUAACAGCGCAACAUCCUUCAUCGCUGGAUUCGUCAUAUUCUCGGUGCUCGGUUAUAUGGCACGCGCCAGUGGGAAGUCCAUUCAGGAUGUCGCCACUGAAGGACCUGGUCUGGUCUUCAUCGUUUAUCCAGCAGCGAUCGCCACUAUGCCCGGCUCAAUGUUUUGGGCACUCAUCUUCUUCAUGAUGCUACUCACGCUUGGUCUGGACAGCUCGUUUGGAGGCUCAGAAGCGAUUAUAACGGCACUCAGCGACGAGUUUCCACUGAUCGGCAACAAUCGCGAGAUCUUUGUGGCAUGCUUGUUCACUCUAUAUUUCUUGGUCGGACUUGCAUCUUGCUCACAGGGCGGGUUUUAUUUUUUCCACUUGUUGGAUCGAUACGCGGCUGGAUACUCGAUGCUAAUCGCCGUUUUGGCAGAAACAAUCGCAGUUAGUUGGAUCUAUGGAACAGACCGAUUUUGCGACGACAUUAAAGACAUGAUUGGAUUCAGACCCGGUAUUUACUGGCGUGUAUGCUGGAAAUUCGUAGCACCGCUCUUUCUUAUGUUCAUUAUUGUCUACGGUCUAAUAGGUUACGAACCAUUAUCGUACGAAGAUUAUGUUUAUCCUGUUUGGGCUAACAUAUUGGGAUGGCUGAUCGCAUGCUCCUCUGUCAUUAUGAUUCCAAGUAUAGCAAUUUACAAACUCUGCAGCACACCCGGAUCCUUCAUUCAAAGGUUGAAGAUUUUGACAACGCCGCAACGGGAUACGCAACGUCGGAGGAACGACGUCUCCUCUGUGGCGAACGGCGCGAUCCGUCGAAGCUUCAUGGUCGAGCAGGACUUCGAGAUCACGAAAAAUCACGAGCUAACCAAGGAACAGACGGAGGUAAUGAUCCAACCUAGGGAGGGUGUCAAGGGGAGCGAUCCGCCCCCCGAGCCAGUCUAGGACAGUGCGGUUGUGAUUUUGCACGGUGCACGGUUCCAAGUAUACCUCUGCUAGAGCACGAUCGCCGAGCAAGGUCCUACGAUGAUGAUAACAUACCACCGAUCGAACGAGAACAAGUCCUUACGCGGCACGACACUCGCGCGGACACCCAAUUUAUAUUUUAAGACACCAACUUGAAUGACAAUAAGGUCCCCCUUUUCGAGUCACAGUUGAGGCCUACGACUCGGGAUUCUCAUUGACGUUAGCGCGUCGGAACCGAUUUUGAACUACCGUCGAUGAGAACAGUAUUGCGUUAUAUAUUUUAUGAAGAUUGUCGCGUAACCGAAUAACUGAAUGUUUCGGGAAGAAACGAUGACGUUUUAUUACCGUGACGUCGUCGGCCUCACUUUCCCGCGAACGACCAGAGUCUGAUGACCCUUCGCGAUAAUUCCUCAUUCCGUAGGUGUAAUCAGGCGCGUUACGGAAUACGACGAUUCGCGCUAGCAAGCGAUUACGGACGUGCUCGUCGAGUUAUCGUUAAACGAGAACAACGCGAGAUUUAUUCAUCAUCAUUUGAACAACAGCUUUAAACUUAGGAUAACCGUUCAAGUGCAGAGCCUAGUUUAGCGUAGCCCCGAUCAUUUACUAGCAUCGCAAUAAUGAUAUUUUGGAUUUGCGGCGACCAAUGGACUUGCUUCGAAAUAUUUCACGACAACCACCGUUACCUGUGGCAGGCCUUUCCUCCCCAUGAGGAGGAGUUCCUACUCGUUUCGCGGUGUUUCGCACUUGGAACGAAAUUCGUUCGUUUGACGAUAUUAUUUAUUUUGAACAACGGAUCGUGCAUAAUCGCAAAGUAUACUCGCUGCGUAUAAAAAGAUGUUAUAAAACAGAGAUAUUAUAAUGUUAAGCGCUAUUUUAGGGAGAAAGAUUUACGCGACUUCGAUUAAUCGAUCGUCACUGACGAUUCUCAUUCCCGAUGUCACCGUACGUCUUCAACACCGAAGAAGUAGAAUCGAGAUCAGUUGACGGUCAGCGUUAAUCGGCGUCGACGCUUUAGCGAAUUAGACGAAUUAUAUUUGAUGACUCAAACGCUCUCACGUUGCCCUGAACUCCGUAAGUCCGGGGGCGACGAAUGCUGUGUGGACUAUACGCAAAUUAUAAUAAUCACCGAUGAGGUGUUGUUAAGCAAUCUCUUAGAUCUUAUUGCCGAUGUGAAUACGCUUCAUCGAUAUCCUCCUCGCUCGAGUAACAGCAAACUCUAAGCAUAAAGUAAUCCAAUUUUUACAUAGACGCCGUUCUCGAUUGUGCUUGGGUUCGCUGCAAUUUUCUAGUCAUAAUAGUCGUGUAUGUACAUAUACGUACUUGUCUUCAUAUUUUCUCGUAUAUAUAUAUAUUUGUUAAAGAUCCGAGAAUGUAUGGCGAGUGCUUCUUCUCGAAUGGCUAGAAAAUUGAGCUUUUACAUGACCGCGAUUCUACCUGUAUUAAUAAUAAAAUUAUCAGCCUGCGUUACCGUUUCUU